UAUUUCCUGCUUUCUCACUAUAAAAAUAACGUAGAUAUGUAGAUACUUGCUCAUAUAUCAACAUAAACAUGCAAAAUAUCCGCAAUAACCUGUUGAAAUCAUUAUUACAGUGGACUAGACAUCUAUUUUAGACAGUACGAUUUACGGUAACAUCUAUCACAGUUCAAAGGUCACCAGCUGACUGGGAGUUUUUUUCCAAAAAAGAGACGUGGCGAAACUUUUCCCUGUGUCCAAAGCUAUUUUACAGCCAUUUGAGAAACGGAGAUGACGAAGUUACUGCAGUGGUUGUUGGGGGUGGGACUGCUCCUGGGUACGUGGGCAUGUCUGGUGUGGGACCUGGUGCCGGCACAGCUCACUCCACAGUGGAAGGAGGUUGUCUGGGUGGCACCCAUGUAUCUUCUCAUGAGUUUUGCAUGCUACUCAUUAGCAACUAUUGGCUACAGAGUUGCCACCUUUAAUGACUGUGAAGAUGCUGCCAAAGAGCUCCAACAGGAAAUUGAGGAGGCAAGAAGAGACUUGGCUAAGAAAGGCUUGAAGCUUUCCUGAUUGGUAUUUUUGUAAUUAUGUUAGAUAUUUGUUCUACAAUGUAAUUGAAGAGGACCAAACUACAUAGAACACACUGGCAAUUGUGUAAUAAGUUGACUUUUAAUGUAUGAUAUCAAUGUCUUUAUUUUCUUAAGACCUUGCAAAGAUAAGGCCUUGAUUUAAAGUUGUAUCUGAUGAAGGCCGUUGGGAUGCCAGCUGCAUUUGGCAACUUCUUGGUUAUCACAAUGUAAUUCACAGAAAUGUAACUACUUUUAUAAUAAUUUGUAGAAUCUACAAGACUUAGUGUAAAAUAUAGUACCUGUUAGGCCAUUAACAAUAUCGUAGAUGGCAGCACAUUUUUGAUAGUAUGAACAUAAAUAAAAUGAUGCAGCAGACAAUGAAUUAAAAAACAAGUUUAGCUUCAAUAUUAAAGCAGUAUUGACACUUGACAGUAAUUGUAACAAAUACAAGCAAAGCAAUAACAUAUUGCAAAUAUAAUUUGAAUCUAGAAUUAUAAUGCAGUGAGAAUUUUUCUUGCCGUAGACCUUACACACAUAUGCUCUGGAAUGAAUGUUGCAGAAUUAUUGCAGAUAAACAAAUAAUUUAUGGUUAAUAAAAAGAUAGCGCACUAUAUAUCUGUUUUGUAUUAUCAUUCUGAUCACUGUGUCAAAAUAGAACCUAUCACCUUUUUA